AUGUGCCGGUCAUUUUGCCGUUGUGUUUUCUCCCACUUUCUGGUCGCUUCUUUCUCGGAUACCGUGUUGCACCGCGAUUAUGCAACAUGGCGCGCACAGAUCCAACAUGUUGCAUCCGCUCCUCCACCUGUUAACACAUAUACGGGCCAUCUGCCGCUUUCUGCCUCCAUGUUUUUGGACACGCAGAACUUCCCACAAGGCAGCGACAUGGCUGAAAACGAACGUGUGGGCAUACCAGACAACGCCGCCCGCGACAUUGGCGACAUUAUCGUGGAGAUCGACACCACCGAUUCCACCGCCAGCGACAUUCUGCUUGCCCUGAGUCCAUCUUCGUCGCUCUCGGACCCAGAGCCAGAUUCGGUCUUGGCCACGGCGCUCACGGCCUUUCUCGGCCCGGUCGAGUCGGGCGACGUGGGCGGCCAGGCCCGCGACUUGGCGCUUCUGCUAGACGAGGCGCUUUCGAAAUCGGACCUUUCCAUGAUCCCGUGUUACUUGGUGGACCCGUCGGGCGAGGAGCACGGGCGGUUUUUGGCGAUCGACUUGGGCGGCUCGACGUUGCGCGUGGCGGUGAUCGAAAUCGGGCAACUGGAGGAGAAACCGUCAGAACAAGAACAAGAACAACCAGAACCAGAACAAACAGAACCAGAACAACUACAACCAGAACAAGAACAAGAACAACCACAACCAGAACCAGAACAGCGCAACGGCUCAGAGCCAAAUGGCUCUGAGGAUCAUUGUGAGAGCUCUCGCCGCUCGCGGGUCCGCAUCGUCCACAGCCGGCUGUGGACCGUCGAGGGCCGCCACAAACACGUUGACGAGGCGUUUUUCGACUGGUUGGCUGCAAACGCCUGCUCUGUUUUGGCCGCUAGCCGCCAGGAGUCCCAACCGGCGCUGUUUUUGCAGCCCCUCGCCACCGGCAUCACCUGGUCGUUCGCGCUCGAGGCGGCCGCGCCCCACCGCGCCAAAAUCGCCCACAUGGCCAAGGGCUACACGCUCGACGCCCGCGUGGCCGGGCGCGAACUCGGCGCGCUCGUGGAGGCGGCCAUGGCGCGCCGCGGCGUGCCCGUGCGCGUCGACGCCAUUCUCAACGACCUGCUUGCCGUCUACGCCGCCGGGCGCUUUUUCGACCCGAAAACAGAGGCGGCCAUGGUGCUUGGCACCGGCUUCAACGUGUGCUGCGCCGUGGAUGUGGACGACAACUUGCCGGCGCAGAAACGCUUGCCAGGGCAGAAAAAAGUGCUCUACAACGCUGAGGCGUCGCUUUUCGGCUGUGGGCUUGCGCUGGCGCUAGCCACGUGCUACGACGAGUUGGUGGACGCCCGGUUUGGCGCCGAGCUUGCGUUUGCGCCGCACCUCGAGCUUGACCCCGAGUCCGGCGCCAUGUUCCAGCCGUGCGAGCUUUUGGCCGCGGGGCGGUAUGUGCCCGAGUUGGUGCGGCACGUUUUGGUGGCCAUGGCGCAGCGGCGCGAGGUGUUUGGCGCCCAAAAGUGCAUCGAGCCGUUGCAAGUGGCGUAUUCGGGCAUGACGGGCGAGUUGGUGUGUAUGGCGUGCGAGAGUCCGGGCGACGACGUGGUGGCGCGCGCCCUCGAGCUGCACUUCCAGUGGGCGCCGCGCCUGGUUCUGCGCGCGGACGUGGCCGCGUUCCGCCUCGUUUCGCGCGCCGUGGUGCGCCGCGCCGCCUAUGUCAUUGCUUCGGCGGUCGCCGGUUUCGUGCUUUUCUUGGCCAGCCACAACGGCCGCUUCAAACACCACACCAUCACCAUCGGCUAUGUGGGCUCGGUCAUGGAGCAUUUCCACACCAUGCGCACCGCCAUCACCGAGCUUGUCAAUGCUUGCGAAGACGUUUCGGCCUUGGGCGUGCGGGUCGAGUUCGAGCUUGUGCCCGAGAGUCUGCUUGUGGGCGCAGCCAUCAGCGCGGCGUACCAUGCAGACAGAGGGCAUGAACCAUAG